AUGGUACAGGAGUUGUCUAUUGUUAGCGUGAAUCUGGCGACGGUGCCCAUGGAGAGUUUCUUCUAUGGCAUCAUCACCGUCCUCUUCGUUGCCUCGACAUAUCUCUUGCUGCAAAGAGAUCGAGAGCAGAGAAACACAAGCGUCUCGAGCAAGCCGAUAUGGAGAACGCCAAUGUUUAUAGCGACCGUUUUCAUGUACCUUAUGCUCACAGGGCACUGGAUACUGACAAUCAUUCGCUUAUUUGAGGCUUUCAUCGAUUUCCAGGGGGGCACUGAGCCAAUAAUCGCGUAUGCAGACCUGUCCAGGCUGACAGAAGUCGUUAAGACUGCUUUCCUGGUCGCAAUCGUGCUGACAUCCGACGCGAUGAUUAUCUACCGCUUGUGGGUCGUCUGGAGCUAUAACCACUGGGUUGUCAUCUUCCCGGUCCUCUCCUGGUGCGGAUUGGUCGCUUGCGGGACGGGUGUAUGCUGGCAAUUUGCGGUGUACACUCUGGGUGAUGACGUCUUCAAGUCAUCUGCCGGUCGGUGGAUCACCAGUGAUUGCGUCUUCUCAUUCUCUACCAACGUCUAUUGCUCAGUCUUGAUUGCGUACCGUGUGUGGCGUACCCGGAUAAGCAGCAAGUCCUACGGUGGAGCGAGCGUCAUGGGCGCCCUCGCAAUCAUCAUUGAGAGUGCUGCCCUUGCAUCGUCCUGGAACCUGAUCUUCUUCAUCACCUACCAGGUCAAGAGCAACAUCCAGUUCACGACGUGCGACCUUUGGGCGUCCUUCUGCGGCGUCUCCUUCAUGCUUAUCAACCUGCGUGUCUCGCUCGGCUGGGCGCAGAAGGCGGGGGGACAGCACACGUCCACGAUUCCCCGGCCGACGCAGCAGCGCUCGAUGGCCGGGGACUCGGGCUACGCAAUGCGCCCGCUCGCCGUGAACAUUACGCGCGUCGUCAAUCAGGAGGAUGACUAUGGGAUUAAAAAGCAGGAGCUCUCGAGUGAGGGCAGUGUCUUGCCCGUCUGAGUGCGCUUCUGUUUUGACC